GCCGCUGCCCCGCCGAGGCGGGAGAAAGGGGCGGCCCGUCCCGUCCCGUCCGUCCCUCCCCGGCUCCCAGGCCUCGGUCCCUCCCGCGCCGCCGGCCUCUUCUGCCCACUCGGCGCCCGCGUCUCGGGCCGGCAGGACCGCAGCCCUAACCCAGGACAGGCAUAAGGUGACUCUCACAAUGCUGCGGGGUCCCUUAUCAGCACUGCUGCUUGGGGGGCUGCUGGGGGCCCUCCAUGCCCAGCAGCAAGAGGUCGUCUUACCCGACACCGUCACCUCUGAGAGGACCAAUAGCUGCCCAGAGAAGACCGACUGCCCUGUCAACGUGUACUUCGUACUGGACACUUCUGAGAGUGUGGCCAUGCAGUCACCCACCGACAGCCUGCUCUACCACAUGCAACAGUUUGUCCCACAGCUCAUCAGCCAGCUGCAGAACGAGUUCUAUCUGGACCAGGUGGUGCUCAGCUGGCGCUAUGGCGGGCUACACUUCUCCGACCAGGUGGAGGUGUUCAGCCCACCAGGCAGUGACCGAGCCUCCUUCACCAAGAGCCUGCAGGGCAUCACCUCCUUCCGCAGGGGCACCUUCACCGACUGCGCAUUGGCCAACAUGACCCAGGAGAUCCGAAGGUCAGGAGUACGUGGCGUCAACUUCGCCGUGGUCAUCACGGACGGCCACGUCACAGGCAGCCCGUGUGGCGGCAUCAAGCUGCAGGCUGAGCGGGCCCGAGACGAGGGCAUCCGGCUCUUUGCUGUGUCGCCCAACCAGAACCUGAACGAGCAGGGCCUGCGGGACAUUGCCAGCACUCCGCACGAGCUCUACCGUAGCAACUAUGCCACUAUGCGGCCAGACUCCACUGAGAUUGACCAGAACACCAUCAACCGUAUCAUCAAGGUCAUGAAACACGAAGCCUAUGGAGAGUGCUACAAGGUGAGCUGCCUGGAGAUCCCAGGACCAGCUGGCCCCAAGGGCUACCGUGGACAGAAGGGUGCCAAGGGCAACAUGGGUGAGCCAGGAGAGCCCGGACAGAAGGGGCGACAGGGAGACCCUGGCAUCGAAGGCCCCAUCGGAUUCCCAGGACCCAAGGGUGUGCCUGGAUUCAAAGGAGAAAAGGGAGAAUUUGGGGCCGAUGGAAGGAAGGGAGCCCCCGGGCUGGCAGGCAAGAACGGGACCGACGGACAGAAGGGCAAGCUGGGCCGCAUCGGACCCCCAGGCUGCAAGGGAGAUCCUGGAGACCGGGGCCCUGAUGGGUACCCAGGGGAUGCCGGGAGUCCAGGCGAGCAAGGAGAUCAAGGUGCCAAGGGGGAUGCUGGACGCCCAGGACGCAGGGGUCCCCCAGGAGACCCUGGGGACAAAGGAAGCAAGGGUUAUCAAGGCAACAACGGAGCCCCUGGAAGUCCGGGUGUGAAAGGAGCCAAGGGCGGGCCUGGGCCUCGUGGACCAAAAGGCGAACCCGGGCGCAGGGGAGACCCCGGAACCAAGGGCAGCCCAGGCAAUGAUGGCCCCAAGGGGGAGAAGGGUGACCCUGGCCCCGAGGGGCCCCGUGGCCUGGCCGGAGAAGUUGGCAGCAAAGGAGCCAAGGGAGACCGGGGGCUGCCUGGACCCAGAGGCCCCCAGGGAGCACUCGGGGAGCCUGGGAAGCAGGGAUCUCGGGGAGACCCUGGUGAUGCUGGACCCCGUGGAGAGUCAGGACAGCCAGGCCCCAAGGGAGACCCUGGCAGGCCCGGCUUCAGCUACCCAGGACCCCGAGGGACACCUGGAAACAAAGGCGAGCCCGGUCCACCCGGCCCUGAGGGAAGCCGAGGAGACUUCGGCAUGAAGGGAAGACCUGGGAGGAAAGGCGCAAAGGGGGAACCCGCUGACCCUGGUCCCCCUGGAGAACCAGGCCCUCGGGGACCAAGAGGAGAACCAGGACCCGAGGGUGAGCCUGGCCCCCCCGGAGACCCUGGCCUCACGGAGUGUGAUGUCAUGACCUAUGUGAGGGAGACCUGUGGAUGCUGCGACUGCGAGAAGCGCUGUGGCGCCCUGGAUGUAGUCUUCGUCAUCGACAGCUCCGAGAGCAUUGGCUACACCAACUUCACCCUGGAGAAGAACUUCGUCAUCAACGUAGUCAACAGGCUGGGCGCCAUCGCCAAGGAUCCCAAGUCAGAGACAGGGACGCGUGUGGGUGUGGUGCAGUACAGCCACGAGGGCACCUUCGAGGCCAUCCAGCUGGACGACGAGCGCAUCAACUCCCUGUCCAGCUUCAAGGAGGCCGUGAAGAACCUGGAGUGGAUUGCAGGCGGCACCUGGACGCCCUCUGCUCUCAAGUUCGCCUACAACCAGCUCAUCAAGGAGAGCCGGCGCCAGAAGACACGCGUGUUUGCUGUGGUCAUCACAGAUGGGCGCCACGACCCGCGUGAUGAUGACCUCAACCUGCGGGCACUGUGCGACCGCGACGUCACAGUGACAGCCAUCGGCAUCGGUGACAUGUUCCAUGAGAGGCACGAGAGCGAGAACCUCUACUCCAUUGCCUGCGACAAGCCACAGCAGGUGCGCAACAUGACGCUGUUCUCUGACCUGGUGGCAGAGAAGUUCAUCGAUGACAUGGAGGAAGUGCUGUGCCCAGACCCUCAGAUUGUGUGCCCAGAGCUUCCCUGCCAAACAGAGCUGUACGUGGCACAGUGCACACAGCGGCCCGUGGACAUUGUCUUCCUGCUGGAUGGCUCCGAGCGGCUGGGUGAGCAGAACUUCCACAAGGCACGGCGCUUCGUGGAGGAGGUAGCCCGGCGCCUGACUCUGGCGCGCAGGGACGACGACCCUCUCAACGCCCGGGUGGCACUGCUGCAGUUCGGGGGCUUGCAGGAGCAGCAGCUGGCCUUCCCACUGACCACCAACCUGACUGUCAUCCAGGAGGCACUGGAGGACGCCCGCUACCUCAACUCCUUCUCACAUGUGGGUGCAGGCGUGGUGCACGCCAUCAACCAUGUGGUGCGUGGUGCACGGGCUGGGGCGCGGCGCCACGCCGAGCUGUCCUUCGUGUUCCUCACUGAUGGUGUCACUGGCAACGAGAGUCUAGAGGAGGCGGUGCACUCCAUGCGCAAGCAGAAUGUGGUGCCCACUGUGGUGGCUGUGGGCAGUGAUGUGGACAUGGAUGUGCUCACCAAGAUCAGCCUGGGCGACAGGGCCGCCAUCUUCCGUGAGAAGGACUUUGACAGCCUAACACAGCCCAGCUUCUUUGACAGGUUCAUUCGCUGGAUCUGUUAGCAAUGCCUGCCCACUGUGCCUGUUACCACCCUACCCAAGGUGCUAACCAGACCCCAGCCCGCCGGGCUGGCCGGGCUGUGCACUGGGCCUCUCUGCUCGUGAGAGCCCCUCCUCCCAAGGAGGCCAGGACCAGAGGACCCUGAGCCGGAGACAUGGCCCCUCCAGCUCCCUGGGAUCCCCUCCCGCCUCUCUGUCAAGUCCCCAUGCCCAGAGGCCCCCAGUGCCCACUUCCGGGCUCUUCCCUCAGCCCCUGCUUCCCUCAACUACCUGCAGCCCCUCCAAAAGCUUCUGCCACCCCCACAACCCCUGUGUGGAUCCUGCUGUCACCCUGACCCCUGCAAGCUAGACUUAUACCAUGUGCCCCAUACUCCACAGCCCAAUAAAGGCUUUGAACCUGCA